AUUAUGCUGCCUUGCCGAGGAUAAAAAGAAGAGCAACCGGAGGGACUAUAAGGCAAACGUUGCUGAAGCUGCCGGGGCAAAUGCUCAACUAUAACAUGGGGUCAGACCCAGGAAAAAGGUGCACCUCAGAGAAUGCCUUUUGCCCCCUUGAAGGCCACUGAAAAUAUUGGUGGACAGAAGUUGAUGAAGUGUGUUGGAGAUCCAACUGUUGGUCAGUAGUAGCCUGUCCUCCCCCCUGCCUCCAUCCCUCGCUCCCUGCAAAGAGAAGAAAUAGAAAUGGAAGCAAAUUAAAUCCAAUAAUCUAGGUCUCUCUAAAAGGAGGAGGAAAUUAGUUGAGAGGAAUAAAGAAAAGCCAGAAGGCGAAGGGUUUCUGAAGAAAACAUGAAGCAUUUAGAAAAACUGAAUUGAGAAAGCAUGAGGAAACUUCAAAGCAAGAGUCAAUGAGUUGCAUGGUUGGGCCCUGGAAAUGGGAUGUCAAUCCUAUUCGGGGAGCAUAAAGAAAGAAAGAGAAUCUCCUAGCUGCUGCUGUGACAGUAAGUGAGAUAGAGACUUCAGAAAAUGUCGACGGUAACAUCAGCGAUUCCGGCUCCUCAGGGCCCUGUGAAUCCGCCCCCCCCAGAAGUCACCAACCCCAACAAGCCUGGGAGGAAGACCAACCAGCUGCAGUACAUGCAGAAUGUUGUGGUGAAAACUUUGUGGAAGCACCAGUUUGCUUGGCCCUUCUAUCAACCAGUAGAUGCAAUUAAAUUGAAUUUACCUGAUUAUCAUAAAAUAAUUAAAAAUCCAAUGGACAUGGGGACUAUUAAGAAGAGACUGGAAAACAAUUAUUAUUGGAGUGCGAGUGAAUGUAUGCAGGAUUUCAACACAAUGUUUACAAAUUGUUAUAUUUAUAACAAGCCCACAGAUGAUAUAGUCCUCAUGGCCCAAGCCCUAGAGAAAAUUUUUCUGCAGAAGGUAGCCCAGAUGCCCCAAGAGGAAGUGGAAUUAUUACCACCAGCUCCUAAGGGCAAAGGUCGAAAACCAGCAGCGGGAGCACAGAGUGCAGGAGCACAGCAAGCGGCAGCCGUGUCCUCUGUUUCCCCACCGACUCCCUUUCAGAAUGUCCCUCCCGCUGUCUCCCAGACGCCAGUGAUUGCAGCAACUCCAGUGCCAACCAUCACUGCAAAUGUCCCAUCUGUCACGGUCCCUCCCACUGUGGCCCCACCUCCUCCUGCCACUCCCAUCAUGCCUGUGGUUCCACCAACACCACCCGUAGUGAAGAAAAAGGGAGUGAAGAGAAAAGCAGAUACGACUACGCCGACAACCUCAGCAAUCACCGCCAGCCGGAGUGAGUCGCCUACCCCGCUGUCAGACCCUAAACAGGCCAAGGUGGUCGCCCGACGAGAGAGCGGAGGCCGACCCAUUAAACCACCAAAGAAAGAUCUAGAAGAUGGGGAGGUCCCCCAGCACGCGGGGAAGAAGGGCAAACUCUCUGAGCACCUCAAGUACUGUGACAGCAUCCUCAAAGAGAUGCUUUCUAAGAAACAUGCUGCCUACGCCUGGCCGUUUUACAAGCCUGUGGAUGCAGAGGCUUUGGAACUCCAUGAUUAUCACGAUAUUAUCAAACACCCCAUGGAUCUCAGUACUGUUAAAAAGAAAAUGGACAGCCGAGAGUACCAGGAUGCACAAGGCUUUGCAGCCGACAUACGGUUAAUGUUCUCGAAUUGCUACAAGUACAAUCCUCCGGACCAUGAGGUGGUGGCCAUGGCCAGGAAACUUCAGGAUGUGUUUGAGAUGAGGUUUGCAAAAAUGCCUGAUGAACCUGUGGAGGCCCCACCUCCAGCACCCCCAGCUGCACCUGUGGUCAGUAAAAGCACGGAGAGCAGCCACAGCAGUGAGGAGAGUUCGUCUGACUCGGACAGCUCAGAUUCGGAAGAAGAACGAGCAACCAGACUGGCAGAACUCCAGGAACAGCUGAAGGCGGUGCAUGAGCAGCUAGCUGCUCUGUCACAGGCGCCUGUGAAUAAACCAAAGAAAAAAAAAGAGAAAAAAGAGAAAGAGAAGAAAAAGAAGGACAAAGAGAAAGAGAAGGAGAAAGAGAAGCACAAGGUGAAGGCCGAUGAGGAGAAAAAAGCAAAGGUGGCUCAGCCAACCAAACAAACCCAGCAGAAGAAAGCACCAGCUAAAAAGGCCAACAGUACAACGACAGCAAGCAGGCAACCUAAGAAAGGUGGAAAGCAGGCAUCUGCCUCUUACGACUCAGAUGAGGAGGAAGAGGGUUUGCCAAUGACCUAUGAUGAGAAGCGGCAGCUCAGCCUAGACAUCAAUCGGCUGCCCGGGGAGAAACUGGGCCGAGUGGUCCAUAUCAUUCAGUCCCGGGAGCCUUCCCUCAGGGACUCCAAUCCUGAUGAGAUAGAAAUUGAUUUUGAAACUCUGAAACCCACCACUUUGCGAGAACUGGAGAGAUAUGUCAAGUCAUGUUUACAGAAAAAACAAAGAAAACCAUUUUCUGCAACUGGGAAAAAGCAAGCAGCAAAAUCUAAAGAAGAGUUAGCUCAGGAAAAGAAGAAAGAGUUAGAAAAGAGACUACAGGAUGUGAGUGGGCAGCUAAAUAACAACAAGAAACCUGCUAAAAAAGAAAAAUCUGGUUCUGCCCCUUCUGGAGGUCCCUCUCGUCUUAGCAGCAGCAGCUCCUCAGAAUCUGGAAGCAGCAGUUCAAGUGGAUCCAGCUCUGACAGCAGUGACUCAGAAUAAACUCUGGACUUUUGAAAAGAAAAAAUGGACAUCGCACACAACAGUAACUCUGCAGUGUUCCCUUCUAUGGUUAAUAUACUACUUUUGUUCCAUGGUGUGCAGGUUUUCUUUUUUUAAUUCAGUGUUAUAAAUGAUAUCUUCCAAUUUUUGCUUUAAUAGGUCAAAGAUCUUUUUUUGUGUGUGUGUAUUAGACUUUAUGAAAAAGAAGUUGACUCUGCAUAAAGUCUUUUUAAUCUUGUCUGAAGCUGAUUGCUUGGAGAUAGCAAGAACUUCAUACUAAUGAUAUAUACCCAUAGAAGAAUCUUCAAGAUGUGGUCUAAAAGUUCUUGCAAAAAUCCCUUUUCUUACACCCAACCUGGUCUUCAACCCCAGAAGGAAUUUUUAAGAAAACUUCUGUAAAAUGGUACUGUAUCCAAAAGAUGUUAGCUUUGGAAAUAGUUGUCGUAUUUGUUAUUAGCACUAGUAUUCUUAACCUCAAGUCUACAGUGUAAUGAAAAUAUCCAAUGCUAUCAUCUUUUUUUUUUUCCCAUAAGCACGCUCAUGCGGUGGAUGAUGACAGUGUACCUGUUUUGUGAGAACCAGGGCUGGAUUUAAGCAAAGGGGAAAGAGCUACAGCUCCAAACCUGAGAAUUGAGUGGGUGUGGGGGUGGGAGGAUGGGGAAAGGGGUGUGGGUAUUGAAUUUUUCAAUCCUUGUGACUACGGGAGCUCCUAGGAGGGAACGCCACUGCUGUGUCAUGCACAGUGCAGGUUUCCAAACACUGAAACUUUUACCUCAACACAGAAAAAAAAAAAAAAGAAAAGAAAAAAAGGAGACUUUUUUUUGUAAGGCUCAGCAAUUUUCUAUGACAGUCCAGCCUAAUGCGUAACCUGCACUGCUGCAGCGCACUCCAUAACCAUUCUCCCUGAUUUCAUGUAUAUAUAAAUACUUUAUUUAUUAACAUCAUUGGUCAUUUUUAAAAAAAAUAACAACAAAGAAACUGCAUAAAAAUAACAGCAGAAAUGCAGACCUUUUUAAAUGAUUUAAACAAAAGAUAAGACCCUAUUUAAAUAUGUUGGACUUUUAACCUACAGGUGCUACAGUUUCCUGUUGCCUGUGUUGGUGCUCAAUCAUGUUUAUGUACUCUUCUUCUUCUUCAUCUUAUUCCUCCUCUUCUUCUUCCUCUUCUCCCUACUACUACUACUACUUUUUUUGGGUUCUUUUUGUACAGAGUUUAGAGACUUACAGGUAUAGGUAACUUCCAGCUGCAGCACAUUUUUUUUAAAAAAUUUUUUGUUAUUUCGUUUUGUUUUUCCUUUUUUUUUUCCUUUUUUUUGGUAUUUGCCACAGGUCUCUUUAGGGCAGUUUUAAAAUAAAUCAAUUUAGGGAACCCCCAGUUAUAUAAUAUAAACUUUGUAAUCUGAGAAAAAAAAUGUAUAGUAAAUCGAAGUCUUGAUUUUUAACUUUUUAUUGUAAAAAAUAAUAAUAAUAAUAAUAUACAGAGUUUAACAGAAGGUUAUGUUUUGUUUUUGUCUUUCCAGCAGGCUGCCACACAGCCUUUAGCACAGGGAUGCCCCAAAUUGCCCAGAUGAGGGUCAGGCAUUGGCAAUGGGCUAAGAAUGAAAGGGUAAUGCCCAGCUUGUAUAAAAGUUGUAGUCCCUGGCCUUUGGCAUGAUGGUAUGGCCCCCAGAGGCAACAAAGAUCAGGCUUCUAGCAAUGAAGGCAGGACAGUCCUGGGCCCCUUCACGUUGCCUCUUCAGGCCCCACUUUGGCUCCCUGCUCCAGUGUUUUCGCUUUAGCGCAAAAGUUACUGUAUCAAAGCCUCAUUUUCACGUAGCUUCAUGUAAUAAAAUCAAUGAAUUGAGUAUUAGAUGGGAACUGACAUAUGCCAUUCAGUGGUUGGACUAUUUUUUCAUGGAUCUCUAGAUGAUAUCCACCAGCAUUUCAGUGGAAUCUUCAUAUGAUAUGCUAAUUUAGUAAGGAAAACUUUUUUAAAAAUCUCCUCUGACUCUACCAUCUACCCUUAAGUUUUGUCAUACUGUGAUGAGGAAAUGGAUGAAGGAAUAUCAGUUGCUAACUACUGGGUUUUUGGUUUGUUUUGAUGAUGUUUUUUAAAUUAACAUGCAAAAGGGAGUACUGAGCCAGUUGACUAAAACUUUUAUUCACCUUUGUUCUACUAGAAAUAACUUGUUAGUUUACCGUUUUACAAUUUUGCCCUGAUUUUAAAAGAUAUUUUAUAAAAAGAUUUAAAGUAUAUAUUUAAACUAUUACUUUGAGGGAAUGGAUAGGAAACUAAAUAAGUCUUAAAUAUGGUAUGAUUUGUAACAUCUAUUAAAUACAGAACAAAUCACACAUUCUAGUGUGAAAUAUAUACUGCAAAAAAUACCAAGAGAUGUUGAGCAUAGUGGCUUCUUAUGAGCCCUCCUUUUGUGGCCAUAGUCACUAAUGAACAACAAAUGAAAAAAAGUUUCACUUGUGUGAAGAAGAUGAGAGGGGGGAAAAUCUACACAAUCCUGAAGAUUAGUGCAGGUGAAAAAUUUCAUGGCAUUUCAUUAUCAAUUUGUUUUAAAAAGGGCAGGGAUCUCUCCUAAGCUAAUAAAAUUUACUCCUUUAUCCAGAAAGAAUCUGUUGACUUUGUAUUUGACUCAUGGCAUAGUCAACACAAACAAUUGAAUUUUCAUGGUGCUAUAGUUUUAAAACUUUAUGUCUUUGCUGUUGCAAACUGCAAAACUGAUUUCACUUUUUUUUUUCUUGGUGAGGAGAGGAGGGAACCUCCCAACAAACCCAGUAUCAGGUUGUGGGUUAUUUACCAUUUCCUCUGUGGUAAGGAAAACUGCAGUUAUCAAACUGAAUCAUUCUAGUACUGAAAACUGUAGACCAAUUUUAAAUUUUCACUUUUGGGGAAAGAAUAUUUUUAAAAGCAGGAUGGGGUCAGGGAGGCACUACAAAAAAAGCUUUUUAAUAGGGGGUCGAAAAAGGACGUAAAAGCUAUUCUAAAAUAUAAAUAAAACCAUAGAGGCUGUGGGGCAGGCCUUAUAUAGAAUUCAUAAUUUACUUAGAGAAAAUUUCUCACACUGGGCAGCAUUAUCUUGCUUUUAAACUGUAAAGAUACAUUUUUACAGCAUUUACAUCUUUUACAAUUGUUUGGAGAAAAAAGACACAAAACCAACAAUGUAGGAUUUGACAAGUACAGUUUUAGCGCUAUUCCGUGAUACUGGCAUAACACUUCCAGAAAGUUUUUCUUUUUUAUAUUUAAAAUGUUACUUUUCUGUAUGAUGUGCAUGCAAGUUUACCGUAACUCUUUUCUUAAACUUUUUAGUGCCGUUUCUAGUAUAUUCCUGUAAAUGUCAGUUACUGAAAAUGAGUCAAUGUAAAGUAGUUUUAGCUUGUUUAUUGCAAUGCUGGCCUCAACACAACUGAAUAAAAAAAGGUAGCAAGUACUCUUUGAUGUUACUGGUAAUCAUGGACCCUUCUCCUGGGGCAUUUGUUUUGUUUUCAUAAUAAACAGCAACAAAAAAAGUGUU